AUGAAUGACAAUUAUAAUAUUUGGACAUUCUAAUAUAAUACCAUAUAAUUAAUAAAGAAGCUUAUUUUUAUUUCUUUUAUUGUUUUUUUGUAUAAAUCAUAAAACUAAAAUUCCUAAAAGACAAUGGAUUUAUUUAAGCAAUUAUAAUAUCAUUCUUUUAAUAAUUAUUUUUAAUUCACACUCUUCUCAACAAGCCAUUAAUUAAUUAAUUUGAAUACAUGA